GCUUAGUAGUGCUUACAAAACAAAUUACAAUACAUCCAAGUAUAUUAGGACUACUAGUAGAGAGUACCAAAGAUUUAGGGCUCACGAACGACACCCCGAACUGGCCACCAUUCUCUGUUUCUUAAAGUUGAUUGGAAGAGAAAAUGGCGUUAGCCUUCGAUGACUUCGGGCGGCCGUUCAUCAUAAUAAGGGAACAGGAGCAGAAGACCAGAUUGAGGGGUUUAGAUGCACAGAAGGCCAACAUUUCGGCAGGCAAGGCCGUCGCUCGCAUACUCCGCACAUCUCUCGGACCUAAGGGCAUGGACAAAAUUCUACAGAGCCCCGACGGCGAUGUUACCAUCACAAAUGAUGGUGCAACAAUCCUAGAGCAGAUGGAUGUUGACAAUCAAAUAGCAAAGCUUAUGGUUGAAUUAUCCCGGAGUCAAGACUAUGAAAUUGGUGAUGGAACUACUGGAGUAGUUGUCAUGGCUGGUGCACUUCUUGAGCAGGCUGAAAAACUGUUAGAACGUGGUAUUCAUCCUAUUCGUGUUGCAGAGGGCUUUGAGAUGGCUUCAAGGAUAGCUGUUGACCAUUUGGAGCGUAUUGCUCACAAGUUUGAAUUUGGCAGUUCAAACAUAGAGUCUUUAGUGCAGACUUGCAUGACAACCUUAUCCUCAAAAAUUGUGAAUCGGUGCAAGCGGUCUUUAGCUGAGAUUGCUGUAAAAGCAGUCCUUGCUGUUGCUGAUCUGGAGCGUAAGGAUGUUAACUUGGACUUAAUUAAGGUUGAGGGCAAAGUAGGGGGAAAACUGGAAGACACAGAACUAAUUUAUGGCAUUAGUAUUGACAAGGAUAUGAGCCAUCCACAGAUGCCAAAGAGAAUUGAAAAUGCGAAAAUAGCUAUUCUUACUUGCGCUUUUGAGCCACCGAAGCCCAAGACUAAGCAUAAGGUUGACAUUGACACAGUGGAAAAAUUCCAAACCUUACGUCAACAAGAGCAGAAAUACUUUGAUGAUAUGGUUCAGAAAUGCAAGGAUGUUGGUGCAACCCUGGUUAUUUGUCAGUGGGGAUUUGAUGAUGAAGCAAAUCACUUAUUAAUGCACCGGGAUUUGCCUGCUAUUCGAUGGGUAGGUGGAGUUGAGUUAGAGUUGAUUGCAAUAGCAACAGGUGGAAGAAUUGUUCCAAGGUUCCAGGAGUUGACACCAGAGAAGCUGGGAAAGGCAGGUAUAGUGAGAGAAAAAGCAUUUGGGACCACUAAAGAAAGAAUGAUCUACAUUGAGCAGUGUGCAAAUUCAAGGGCUGUGACUAUAUUCAUUCGUGGUGGUAAUAAAAUGAUGAUAGAGGAGACAAAGCGCAGCCUCCAUGAUGCCUUGUGUGUUGCUAGGAAUCUAAUCCGCAAUAACUCUAUUGUAUACGGUGGUGGAUCAGCUGAGAUAUCUUGCUCACUUGCUGUUGAGGCUGCUGCUGAUAAAUAUCCUGGAGUAGAGCAGUAUGCCAUAAGGGCCUUUGCCGAUUCUUUGGACUCCAUCCCUAUGGCACUUGCAGAGAACAGCGGCCUCCAACCCAUUGAAACACUCUCUGCUGUCAAAUCUCAACAAAUCAAGGAGAACAAUCCGUGUUGUGGGAUAGACUGCAAUGAUGUUGGGACAAAUGACAUGCGUGAACAAAAUGUCUUUGAAACUUUGAUUGGGAAACAGCAGCAGAUCUUGCUGGCCACUCAAGUUGUCAAGAUGAUUCUCAAGAUUGAUGAUGUCAUCUCCCCUUCUGAAUUCUGAUUACUGAUUUAUCAGGUAGAGUUCUUGGUCGGUCAUCGUGGAGUUCUGCAUUUCCUGGAGGCAUCAUCGCAGGAUUUAUGUUUGUCCACAUUUUGCAUUUUGGGUCAAAUGCCAUAUUUUAUUUUAAGGGAGCGAUUGGGAAUUUGACUGUUUUACAUAUGAUUUUGUGGUGUGGCUUUGGCUAAUGUGUUGAUUUUGACAGUGAUGAUUCUGUAGCCAUGCUUUUUAGUGGUUUGUGGUCCAAAAAUGGGUAGUCGCCUGUUUCAGAAACUCAUUAAUGUCGACGUCUAAUAUGUAAAUGAUGAGAAAUCUUCUAGA